GCAGAGCAACAUUUAAACAUCAGGUUUAGCCGACGCGUCAAGGUAUCCCAUCACCAUGUCUGAAUCCAGGAAUGGCCAGAAACACUCCAACGAAGGUCGUAAGGCUGAGGAUCCUUGCAAAAAGAGCCACACACAUGAAGAAUAUCAUCCUCAGCAACACAAAUGUGGUCCCCAAGAACAUUCCCAGAAAGACAAUAAGGCACAUCGAGAAAAUCAACAGCAACAAGAACAUCCACAAAAGCCAAAAACAGGCUCCCAAGAACAUGGAAUCAUUUCUCUUGACCACUCUCAAGCACAAAAAAUAGAUCACAAAGAAGGUCCACAAGAACAGAAGAGUCUUCAAGAACAUCCUAAAGAACAAAAAACAGAUCACAAAAACAGUAUCCAGGAACACAACAAGGGUCACCAAGAACAACCUAAAGAACAAAAAACAGAACAAAAAGAAACUUCCCAGCUGCUCAACAAGGGUCAACAAGAACACCCAAAAGAACGAAAAAUAGAUCACAAAGAACCUUCUCAGGAAAACAAGGGUCACCAAGAAAUACCUAAAGAACAAAAAAUAAACCACAAAGAACCUUCACAGGAAAGCAGGGAUCACCAAGAACAUCCAAAAGAACAAAAAGUAGAUCACAAAGAACCUUCUCAGGUACACACUCAGAAUCAAGAACAUCCCAAAGAACGAAAAAUAAAUCACCAAGAACUUUCCCAGGAAAACAAGGGUCAACAAGAACACCCAAAAGAACGAAAAAUAGAUCACAAAGAACCUUCUCAGGUACACACUCAGAAUCAACAAGAACAUCCCAAAGAACGAAAAAUAGAUCACCAAGAACUUUCCCAGGAAAACAAGGGUCAACAAGAACACCCAAAAGAACAAAAAAUAGAUCAUAACGAACCUUCCCAGGAAAACAAGGGUCACCAAGAACUACCUAAAGAACAAAAAACAAACCACAAAGAACCUUCCCAGGAAAGCAAGGAUCACCAAGAACAUCCAAAAGAACAAAAAGUAGAUCACAAAGAACCUUCUCAGGUACACACUCAGAAUCAACAAGAACAUCCCAAGGAACGAAAAAUAGAUCACCAAGAACCUUCCCAGGAAAACAAGGGUCACCAAGAACAUCCAAAAGAACAAAAAACAGAUCACAAAGAACCUUCCCAGGAAAUCAAGGGUCACCAAGAUCAAACUAGAGAACAGAAAAUAGAUCACAAAGGCAAUGUCCAGGAAAACAAAGGUCUCCAAGAACUGCCUAAAGAACAAAACACAAGACAUAAAGAACCUUCCCAGGAUCACCAAGAACAAAAAGUAGAUCACAAAGAACCUUCUCAGGUACUCAACAAGGGUCACCAAGAACAAGCUAGAGAACAGAAAAACGACCCCAAAGGCAAUGUCCAGGAAUACAAGGGUCCCCAAGAACAAGCUAAAGAACAAAAAACAAACCACAAAGAACCUUCCCUGGAAAGCAAAGAUCACCAAGAACAUCCAAAAGAGCAAAAAACAGAUCACAAAGAUCAUAUCCAGGAACACAAGGAUAACCAAGAAAAACUUAAAGGACAAAAAACAGACAACAAAAACCAUAUACAGGAACAGAAGGAUCACCAAGAACAUCCUAAAGAACAAAAAGCUGAUCACAAAGAAUCUUCACAGGAAAACAAGGGUCACCAAGAACAUCCUAAAGAACAAAAAUCAGAUAACAAAGACCAUAUCCAGGAACAGAAGGAUCACCAAGAACAUCUUAAAGAACAAAAAACAGAUCACAAAGACCGUACUCAGGUACACAACAAGGGUCACCAAGAACAUCCUAAAGAACAAAAAACAGAUAACAAAGACCAUAUCCAGGAACAGAAGGAUCACCAAGAACAUCUUAAAGAACAAAAAACAGAUCACAAAGACCGUACUCAGGUACAAAAUCAGGGUCACCAAGAACAUCCUAAAGAACAAAAAGCAGAUCACAAAGAAUCUUCACAAGAAAACAAGGGUCACCAAGAAUAUCCAAAAGAACAAAAUACAGAUCACCAAGAACCGUCUCAGGUACACAACAAGGGUCACCAAGAGCAUCCUAAAGAGCAAAAAACUGAACACAAAGAACCUUCCCAGCUGCUCAACAAGGGUCAACAAGAACACCCAAAAGAACGAAAAAUAGAUCACAAAGAACCUUCUCAGGAAAACAAGGGUCACCAAGAAAUACCUAAAGAACAAAAAACAAACCACAAAGAACCUUCACAGUCGCACAACAAGGGUCACCAAGAACAAGCUAAAGAGCAAAACCCAGAUCACAAAGACCAUGCCCAGGAAGACAUUAAGGGUCGCCAAGAACAACCCAAAGAACAAAAAACAGAUCACAAAGAACCUUCCCAGGAAAACAAGGGUCACCAAGAACAAGCUAAAGAGCAAAAAACAGAUCACAAAGACCAGGCCCAGGAAAACAAGGAUCACCAAGAACAUCAUAAAGAACAAAAAACAGAAGACAAAGAUCCUUCCCAGGUGCCCAAUAAGGGUCACCAAGAGCAUCCUAAGGAACAGAAAAUAGAUCACAAAGAACCUACUCAUGAAAACAAGGGUCACCAAGAACAUCCUGAAGAACAAAAAGCAGAUCAGAAAGAACAUAAAACUGCAACUCAAGAGCAGCCCCAGGGCCAUUUCAAAGAACAAAACAAGGGUCAACAGGAACAACCUCAUGAAAACAAAAAAGAUGCCCAAGACUCUAAAAAAGGUCAAAAAGAAGCUCCUAAAGACAAGGAUCCAUCACACGCCGGGCCCACCUCCAAGUGCAUCGAAGACAUAAAAAAGUGAACUCCGACAGCUGGGUGGCUUUCUUUCUAUAUGCAUAGAUGACCUAUAUCACCCAUAUGUAUCUCCUGCAAGAACUCAAAGUGUCAACGUCACUUUAACGGCAUCUUGCUACCUUUCCAAAAGUCUUUAAUGCUUUUUCUCUCUUAAAUAUAUUAAAUAUUGUUUUCAAAAGCA